AUGUUCUCGCGGCUCUUUGACGCGCUCCAAGGCGGCUCGGGUGUGGGGGCGGCGGUGCGGCGGCGACAGGUGGACGCAGAAGUCCCGAAUUUUGCGGAGGCGGAUGACGUUCGCGCCGCGUUUUUCUCCUCCGCCCUGCAGCACGCCAAGUCGUCAUACGACGCGGAGAGGGACGGGUAUGUCUGGGGACGUACGUUGCGGCCCUCCUACGCCCUGCAGCUGCAUCCGCUGAACACGGUUCAGACCUACACGCAGAAGAAGGAGUUCGUCUGGGUUGGGCUGACCGCCGGUCCGUGGUUCGUGGGUGUCGUCGUGCUUCAGUUCAACUACUUCGCCGCCUUCUCCGUCAGCCUCUACAACGUCGAGUCAGAGGAGAGUUGGAGGGCCACCUCGCGUGUUCCGCUACCGGGCCCCUGGCUGGGCGGCCAGUGGGUCCCCAACGAAAAGGGCGAGUUUGGCCCCACCAGUGCGGGGCAUCGGGUGGAGUUUUCCGCCCCGCUUUCGACCCACCGCGCCCGCCUCUGUUUUGCGGGCCGCAGCGUGCAGGUUGAUGCCACAGGCGUCGUCGCGCAGCAGCUGCCCAACGGCAAGAGUGCAGGGGCGCAGCGGUACGAAGUGCAUGCGGUGGCGACCCUUCCCGAGGAGUUUCUUGGCGUCGUUUUCCCGCUCGGUCCGCGGCGUGCCGCACUCGUCAGUAAAGUGGCGGCUGCCCCGCUGCAGUCCCCUCUCAAACUGCGACUGGGCGGAACGGAGUGGAGCGGCGACGGCUACCUCUCGAUGGACUACACACGCGGUCUGCUGCGCCGCGAAACACGCUGGCAUUGGGCCAGCGCCACCGCUCCUGCCGGCUACGGCUUUCACCUCUCGGAGGGCGCGUACGACGUGGACAACAAAAGUGUGGAGAACACGUUCUACGCUGGUGGAAGGGCGGUGUUGCUCGAAACGCGGGUGGAGUUUCACAAAGUGACGGCCGCGGCUAAAGUGUGGACGCUAACGGGCGACGGCAUUCAGCUUCGCUUUCGCCACGCCGACGCACAUGACGCCGCCCUCCACGUGGGCGUCGUGAAGACCGACUUGUACCACGCGUGGGGCACCUUUGACGGCUCGAUUCGCGUGGAGGGGGCGAUGUACAAAUUUGACCGCGUUGCGGGCGUGCUGGAGGACCACUACGCCUUGUGGUGA